CAUGCACUUGACGGGUCGUAAAAUGAGAACAAUUAAAAUAAUUAGUGAUUUUUUUGUGUAGUACCUAUUUCUAAAUAAAAUACCUGCUUAAUUUGUUUUGUAAAGUAAAAACAUUGCCACUGAAAUUGAGCAAAUAACGAAUGUUUCAUCUGGUGCCUUUAAGUUAGUAAUAUUUAAUGAUUAGCAGUCAUUAAGAAUUGAUAUAAUCAUUAAUUUCUAUGAACUCAAAAAGCGAAACUGACGAAGCUUCAAGGGGGAGCGAAGCAUCAUCGUCAAAUAACGAGUCGACCCCAAGUGAUUCCAAGGGUCAUACAGAAGCGAGUUUAUGCGCGGAAACGAGCUCGAACAAAACUCGGGACAUUAUGAAGCGAGCCGCCGCAAGACAGUUGAUUGAACGAUAUUUUUACCAACUUGUAGAUGGCUGUGGAAACCCUAACUGUGACAAUCAGUACUGUGCAUCUAGUGGAGAGGCUAGAAACCUGACUCCAAAUGAAGCAGCAGCAGAGGCAAUUAAGUUAUUCUAUAAAGAAGCACGUCUGUGUGACACUCUGCCCAACAAGGUUCCCAGGACGGAGGUCAACAGUGUUUGUGCUUCCGGCGCGAGCACAGCCGGUACAACAUCAAACAUAACAAUGAAAAAUGAUUUGGAGUGUCAAAAUGACUCAGCCUCAUGUAGCACAUCACCUUUCAAACCAGAGUCUAGUCAGCAAGAUGGUUGCCAAUCUCCUCUUAGACGUAAUAAUGGUGCGCCGCUAACCGAGGAGCGUAUAUACGAACUGUGCGAUGAAUGUCUUCAAACAAAGAAGCCACAAGUCCUCAUCAGAGCUCUGGGUGAAGCGUUCACUCAGCCUGCAAUAUUGGCUAGAUGUUUUCAAAGGAAAUUAAGUGAUGGUCACACUGGGAGUGAAGGCAAAAAGAAAAUAGAUAAAGAGUCAAAAGCGAUGUGUUCCUCGAGUGACCCAGACAAGGAUGUGGACAGCGUGGCAGGGCCCGGCCUCGACGUGGCCUCGUGUCGGAGAGCCUUCCAAUACCUCGCUAAAGUGCCGUCAGAAUACUACAGCUCCGCGUUAGUCACCGCGCUGUGUACGCUCGGGGAAAACCUCACGAUUGAACUGCAGUACAAGAAGAUGAGCCUGGACGACGCGGUCAACUGCUUCGUCAUAGCCUUUGAAGUGCCCGACCUGGGCUGCAGCGAUUACUUGGAGAUAGCACUGCCACUGCUGUGCAUAUCUAUUGAACGUUUGCCCAUCAAAGCACAAGCGAAAUUAGCUCGAGUGUGGGCGCAGCAUUGCAAAGAGAGCUUGCGCCAUAUACUGGAGACGCUGCAGCAACUCAUCACGCUGCGGGUGAUCUCCACCAACUACGUGCGGCACUUCACAGUGCAGGACGACACUACUGUCACCAUGGCCACUAAAGUUAUGAAGAUAGUGUACUACGCCAACAUGCUCGCGGGCGUGAUGGAGCCUAGCACGCUGCGCGAGGAGCCGGUGGUCAUCACCAGUCAGCUGGACCCGCUGGGCGACGCGCUGGACCACCUCUACCCGCUGUCGUCGCUCAAGAACUCCAAGCAAAUACCCUAUGAAGACCCACUAGCUAUUGAAUUAGAUAUAAAUGUAUUAGACGCUAGGAAACCUUAUUUGCCAUUUGAAGAGUUCUACAACGAACCCCUUAGUGAUACAAUAGAGAUGGAUAUAGAUUUAGCUAAUUGUAAAAGUGAAAUUGAUGAAAUAGGUCAUAAGUUUUCGUUCCUCAAAUACCCGUUCAUACUGACAGCCGCGACCAAAUCCUUGGGCUUAUAUUAUGAGAAUCGUAUCCGAAUGUACUCAGAGCGUCGAGUGUCGUUGUUACACGCGGUGGUGGGCGCGGCGUCGCCCAUGCCCUUCCUGCGGCUCAAAGUGAGGAGGUCUCACAUCAUUGACGACGCGCUAGUUGAGUUGGAGAUGAUAGCUAUGGAGCGCGCGUUAGAUCUGAAGAAGCAGCUGGUGGUGGAGUUCGAAGGCGAGCAGGGAAUAGACGAAGGCGGCGUAAGCAAGGAGUUCUUCCAGCUCGUGGUGGAGCAGAUCUUCAACCCCGACUACGGCAUGUUCACGCAGCGGCAGGACGAGCACACUGUCUGGUUUAACCCCACAUCAUUCGAGACGGAAGCUCAGUUCACACUCAUUGGUAUAGUUUUAGGGCUGGCGAUAUAUAAUAAUAUUAUACUAGCGGUCAACUUCCCUAUGGUGGUUUACAGAAAACUCAUGGGGAAAAAAGGUUCCUUUGAAGAUUUGGCAGAUUGGAAUGCGACUUUGUACAACGGUUUAAAAGACAUGUUAGAAUACACGGAAAAUGAUUUAGAAGAAGUAUACUAUCAGACGUUCAGGAUAUGUUACACGGACGUUUUUGGCAACAACAUAUUUCAAGAUCUCAAAGAAAAUGGCGACAACAUAUUCGUUACGCAAGAUAAUAAAAGAGAAUUUGUAGACCUAUACGCAGAUUUUCUACUGAACAAGUCAGUGGAGACGCAGUUCAAGGCGUUCAGACGCGGCUUCGUGAUGGUCACGGACGAGAGCCAGCUGGGGACGCUGUUCCGCCCCGAGGAGGUGGAGACGCUCGUCUGCGGCAGUAAGAAUUUCGACUUCAAUGAACUAGAAAAAUCAACAGAAUAUGAUGGUGGAUACACAUCGGAGUCACAAACUAUUAAAGACUUUUGGAGCAUCGUUCACAGUUUAUCUUUAGAGGACAAGAGAAAGCUUCUUCAGUUCACCACAGGGUCCGAUAGAGUCCCAGUAGGGGGUUUAAGCCAUUUAAAACUAGUUAUAGCGAGAAACGGCCCCGAUUGCGCGCGGUUACCGACCGCCCAUACAUGCUUCAAUAUACUUCUCCUCCCAGAAUAUGAAAGCAAAGAGAAACUCCAAGACAGACUGAUGAAAGCGAUUAGCUAUUCAAAAGGCUUCGGCAUUAUUUAACGUCCAUCGCUUAUAGUCCUCUCGAACAAACUGUUACUCGCGUUGAUGUAAAAUAUACAGAUGUUGAUUUUGAAUCUUAUGCUGAUUGUAAUAACGUUAAUUAUUAUAUUAUUAUUUGAUGUAUUAUUUUGCUGCUGUGCCAUGUCUGUUAUGAUAUAAAUAACCCGAUUUCAGUCAUGAUAGUCUUUGAUAUUAGUGUUUAAAAGUCUCAAGAUCACUGUUUUGGCUAAUUGCUCAUUUUCAUUGGUCGAUAACUCGAUCGAUACGUAGCGUGCGAGGACUCCCACGACGGAAUAAAGACUAGUCAAAAUUCAACAAUUGAUGGAAAUUAUAGAACUUCUAGACAUAAGAGUAGGGAAUAGUCCAAUGGAAAUUAUUAUUGUUUCACAUAUUAUGCGGGCCUUAUGGCAUGCGUUUUAAAAGUCGCCCGCACGUCGAAUACAUUUCCUAUUGACGCGAUAAAUUAAAACAAGCCUUAGUAGUAACCUCAUAAGGGUCUGCCGUAAGCAGACUGAUAACUGAAUGUCGAUUUUAUCCAUUUUGAAUAGAGUUACGGUUAGGGUUUAGACUUGGUCUUGAAGGGGUAAAUUCGCCUUCUUGAAGGGGUAAAUUCGCCUUUGUCUUGAAGGGCUAAAUUCGCCAUUUGGUAAAUUGGCAAGAUACUGGAUGCCAAUACAUUGCAUCUACAAGCAUCGCGCGAACUUAAAAUACGCGUGUAAAUUAACGUACGUUAACGUGCGAAAUGAUUCGUGGCGAAUUUGCCUCUUCAGGGCCUACGGCUUAGUUAUAAAAGCACGAGUAAAAGAACUAUGUUGCAGUCACAAAUUCUAUCCGGUGUAUUAACUACAACCGCACUCUACGACAGUUGGGUAACUUGAAACAAAACAAAAAAAGCAGGCGUCAAAUGUUCCUAUAUUUGACGCUAGGUAGCAUAUGAAUCGCUUAGUUUUCUUUGAUUUCACACAUAGCCUAAUAUUUCACAUAUAGUUGAUUCAGGAUCAAACGGAGAGUUGCCUCACUCUAGUUCACUCUGCUAUAACUCUAUUUAACUGGGAUAAGAUCGAGAUUAGGUUGUCCGUCAAAAGCCACUGGCCGUGACUGCGUUGACCCUAAGGGCCGGCGCCAUAUGGCGGAGCGCAGCGCAGAGCAUGCCCGCGAAGUUUUCUAAUCGCAUGAAUUUGUACCAGAUAAUGCGCGAGCACGCUCGGGAUUGCGCGCGGAUGCGCGAGUAUCCGCACGGAUGCACAAUUGAUUUUAGAUAUUAUUUCAAUGAGGAUAAUGUCGAUAAUAUUUUGACUGAAAAAUGCUCUGCGCUGCGCUCCGCCAUAUGUACCCCGGCCCUAACGAUAUACUUUAAUAAUGUACUUAUAUUUUGAAGAUGUUUAACAGACUUCAAAAAUAAAAUGGCGGUUCUGAAUUCGACGCAUAUUUCAUUUUUUAUUUUUAAGUAUAUUUUCGCCAGGAUAAUAUCGCUGUUUGUAUAUCUUGUAUAUUUCAUAUCAAUGACAAACAAAUGCCUAUUGUUGUAAAGCCAAAAGUAAAGUUGUGGCGUAUUUUUAACAUUGAUAUAAUUAAUUAAUUAAAAUUUGUUUUAUUUAUACAUGAA